AUGCCGCCAUCGCCUCCAACUCCAUCGUCGCCGCUGCCUCCAGCUCCAUCGUAUCCUCCUCGCCUCCGCCGUAUGUAUAUUUUGAUGUUUGAUUCAAGCCAUGGGAGGACCUGUUUGCACUAUACUGCUUAUUAUGGCCAUUCUAAUUGCCUACAGGCCAUUCUCUCUGCUUCCUGUUCUUCCCGUAUUGUUGCCUCUUGGGGUUAUGCCCGGUUUGUAAAUAUUAGAGAUGAUAAAGGAGCAACACCUUUGCACUUGGCGGCCAGACAAAGACGAUCGGAAUGCAUCCAUAUUCUCUUAGACAAUGGAGGUCUGGUCUAUGCUUCAACUGGUUGUUAUGGCUUCCCGGGAAGCACUCUUCUCCAUUUGGCCGCUAGAGGGGGUUCUCUUGAUUGCAUCCGUGAAUUGUUGGCUUGGGGCGCCAAUCGACUUCAAAGAGAUGCAUCGGGAUUGAAGGUUUUUCUUUGA